AGUAUCCCAGUUGAAAUCAUCAGAUGGACAUACAUAUCGGCUGAUGAAGACACCACCUGAUGGGGAUUGUUUCUUUAGGUCAUUUGUCAGAGCAGCAGAUUUGGAUCUUCAGAGUUUCCCAAGAGGUGAUGACAACUACCCAUUAAAUGAAGAUGACAAGAUAAAAGAGGAACAUUCGGUUCUAGGCCUUAGGAGGAGAACAGCUGAUUAUAUGAGAAGAAACACAGUUCACUAUGAGGAGCUGGUUAGCUCCAUGAGACAAGGUGAACACUCUGAAUGUUUCUCUCAGGAUAGAACUUUCAUUAUUACAGAUGAAGGUUACAGUAGUUUAGAAGAAGAGAUUGAUGAUAUAAGCAGAACUGGAGUUUAUGCAACUCACUUAGCAAUAGAUGCUGCAGCGCACGUAGAAGGGGUUGUGAUCCAUGUAUUCCAGCUGGUAAAUAAGUCCACUGUCAGGGAGAUAACUACUGUUGGGGAAGUUAGCCAGUUGUCAACAAAAGAAGUCAAUCUGUUGUAUAAACCAGGACCAAGUGGAGGAAGGUCUGGUCACUAUGAUGUUUUGUAUAAAGAAGAACUGCCAAGUUCCUUGCCCCUUACUGUGAAUGAUUAUGUACUGGUAAAGUAUGGUGCAGUGACCAUCCCUGCUGUUGUGGUGAGAGAGGGAAAUGAACUCACAGUGAGGUACUUUGAUAAAGAUGCCACUGGAAGAUCUUACACGGCGCAAGAAUUUGAUUAUGAAAUUCUAGCCGAGGAUGUCAGCAGAAAACUUGUGCCCCCCACAAUGGAAUUUCGCGGGAGCCGUAUAUAUUAUACUUUUAGUGAUAUUUGAAUGGUAAAAUAUAUUUUCAUGAACAAACAUGUGCUAAAUGGAUCUGUGGGUCUAUCCCAGUCAUACUCAGGAGGUCAUGCAUGGUGUAUACAUAACAGAUAAUUAGGUUCUCUUUGCAUUUUAUAGAGCUUGUAAAGCACAAGACUGGUGGUGGUGUCCCCUUUUUUUGUGGUUUUCCAUACAAAUCUGCUUACUCCAGCUGGUGGUACAAUAUCCUGAGGCGGUAUUGCCUCUCUGAUCCUUUAGAUAACAUUAAGUUUUCCAAGUCAUAUCGAGAAAACAACAUCAAGAAGUUUUGACUUUAUUACUAAUAGAUUUAUCGUCCUUUUUGAAGAACGAAUUGGGAGAUUUUUCUCCCUUAGGCACUGGGCAUAAGGCCUUUCUUGGUGCUGAGCUGGACUGGAGUGUGCUGGCCGUAAUGGCCGUUGAACAAAAAUAUAUGUAUUUGUCUAGAUAUUGUGUUUUUGUUAUGUUUAAUAGUCAAAA